AUGGAGCAGCAGCAUGAGGAUGGCGGCUGUCUUGUGGGACCGCCGGACGCGGCGGCGGACGCGGAGGUGGCAGUCCAGGGGGCGGACGACGAGGACGCGGAGGACGAGGGCGCGGACUGGGACGAGGGGCGGGAGGACCCGGACUGGAGGCCGCCGCGGGACGGGGAGGGCGUCAGGGACGAGGUGUUUGAGCUGGCGCGUCCCUGGGACUGGCAGGCUGAAGCGCCCGACCCCCGGGGACUCAAGUGCUCCCUGUUUCGCUACCAGCGGCGGGCGCUGGCCUGGAUGUUGUGGCGGGAGGCGGGCGCCCCGCUGGCGCCGGGCGCGACGGCAGCGUCGGCGACGGCAGCGGCGGCGGCGCCGCCGCGGGCGCAGCCGCAGGGGCGGCCGCGGGCGGAGGCUUUGGAGGCGGGGCUGUUGGGUACUGACCUGCUCAACCCGCUGUGGCGCAGGGUGCGGCUGCUGCCCAGCGGCGCGCCCCCGCAGCCCUGCCCCCAGCCCCCCGGCGCGCCGGCCGCGGGGGCCUGCGGUGAGGCCUCGGCGGCGGCGACCACGGCAGCCGGCGCGCUGUGGCGCAACGCCACGUACGGGCUCGUCAGCGCGGCACGGCCGGGCCCGCUGCCACAGCCGCGGGGGGGCGUGCUGGCAGAGGAGAUGGGCCUGGGAAAGACGGUGGAGGUCAUCGCGCUCGCAUUAGCCAACCCGCCGCCGCCCGACGCAGCCGCGGACGCGCCGGGGCCGUUGUCGCCGCGUUUGCCGACGGCCCCCGCCUGGCCCGCGCCGGGGCGCCGUGGCGGCGGCAUGCUGGUGGUCACGCCGCCGGCGAUCCUGCAGCAGUGGGCCAACGAGCUCGGGCGCCACGCUGGCCUGCGGGUCGUGGUGUACGACGGACUCAAGUGGCACAGGCAGCAGAAAGAGGAGGUCGAGCGCAAGGGGCGCAAGCGCAUGCGCAAGGAGGACCGCGCGGCGACGAUGGCGCAGCAGCUCGCGGACUACUGCGCCAACGGGCCGCCCGACGCGCCUGCGUUCGACGCGGAGCGGGAGGCGGCGGACGCGGUGGAGGGGGUGGUGGGGGCAGACGUAGUGCUUACCACGUACACGGUGCUGCAGCAGGAGAUUCACUACAGCCCAAACCACUCAGAGGGCAUCGCCUCGAGCGCAUUGCGGCGGCCCAAGCGCUACAAAGUCCCGGAGUCGCCGCUGCUGCAGGUGCACUGGUGGCGGCUGGUUUUCGACGAGGCACAGCAGGUCGGCGGCAACGGCGGCCACUCGUCCACCGCCACGAUGGGCGGCCGCAUCGCCGCCGCCCACCGGUGGUGCGUCACCGGCACGCCCGUCGGCCCCGGCGGCAUGCACGACGUUCUCGGCCUGCUGCGCGCGCUGCACGCUGCGCCCUUCGACGCCACGCCCGCCGCAUUCCAGUUGGCAGUGUCAGUACCAUACCUGACGGGCCGCCCGUGGGGCCGCCGCGCGCUUGCCGCGGUGCUGCGGCAGCUGAUGUGGCGCAACUCCAAGGACGUCGCCAGCGAGGACGCCCCCCUGCCGCCGCGGCGCUUGGAGACGGCGCUGCUGCGGUUCAGCCCUGCUGAGAGGAGCUUCUACGACCACGUGCUGGAGAAGACGGCAGGGCGCAUGCAGGCGCAGCACGCGCAGCAUGGGCAGCAGGUGCAGCAUGCGCAGCCGGAGGACGUGCAGCAAAGGGCGCAGCAGGAGGCGCCGCGGCAGGGGCAGCUGGAACAGGGGGCUGGGCAGGAGGGGGACGAGGAGGCGGGGCAGCCCGAGGGGCGGCGCCCAGAGGGCGAGGAGCCGCCUCCGUCUCCGCCGGCUGCGGCUGCGCAGCAGCAGCAGCACCAGCAGCAGCAGCGAGCAGCUCCGCGGCGGCGCGCCAAGCGCCGCGGCGGCGGCGCUGCUGGCGGUGGCGGCGCGGCGGCGCUGGCAGCGGGGGAGCUGCUGCAGCUGCGGCUGGCCUGCCUCCACCCCCAGCUGACGCGCUACUGUGAGAGCUUCUGCCUGCGCGGCUGCAGUUGGAGCCGCACCUCGCUGGUCCCUGCUUGCAUGCAGUCGCGCGGCAGUGGACGGCACAUGCCUGCUGUCUGCGUGCGCGUCGUCACAUGA